AGUUGGCUGGUCUGCGAUUGAGUCCAUGUCAAACUGUUGCUCACAUCCUGUUUCAUGGUGAUGACAGAUUUAUGUAUUUUAUACGCCAUUAUAAUUAUCUGGCAAGUGAUUGCAGGAGAAACCAGUUAAUCCACUUGUAGACUGGGUGUAUCGCAUUGAGUUUUUCUGACACACCUUUGAGGUGGGGCAGAGGGGCUAUUUAAAUAGAUGGACAAAUUCUCAGUUGUGACUCAACAUUUUCACCCAAGAACACACUAAUGGAUGAUUUAAGAAUACAGUAUGUCAACCUGGAGCUGAAGGACAAUGAGCAGAGCCAUCACACUAAGGAGUACAGCUCUAAAACCUUGGUAGUGCGCAGAGGAGCACCAUUCAGAGUCACCCUGCUGUUUAAAGGCAGGCCAUUCAACAACCACAAGGACACCCUGAUUUUCAAAGUCCUCUUGGGAGGUGAGCUGUUUGUGGAGUUCCCCGUCGAAGCAUCCAAGCCAGCCACCACUUCCGGAUGGAGCGCCUACUUCAGCCCGGCAUGUCUGAACGCCAACUCCCGCUCCGUGUUCGUCUGCAGCCCGGCCUCGUCCUCCGUGGGGCUUUACACUAUCCACAUCCAUGUCUGCACGCAGGGCGCUCAGCACUACACCGCGGGAGACCUCAUUCUCCUCUAUAACCCCUGGUGCAGAGAGGAUGCUGUGUACAUUCCCUUGGAAUACAAGAGACAGGAGUAUGUAAAAAAUGACCAUGGUUUGUUGUUCAUGGGAACGGCCAACCACAUUGUGUCAAAACCAUGGUCCUUUGAUCAGUAUGAGCCAGGGAUGCUGGAGAUCUGCCUCCGUCUGCUCCAGAUCAGCCCCAAGCAUGCGCAGAACAGGCAGAAGGACUACCUCCAGCGGGCCAGUCCUGUCUACCUCAGCAGGGUGGUGUCUGCCAUGAUCAACUGUGAGGAUGAUCGGGGGGUCCUGAAAGGGAACUGGAACAGUGAUUUCUUGGGUGGGGUUCCCCCUUCCAAAUGGACAGGAAGUGCAGACAUUUUGAAACAGUGGGCCAGGUCACAGUUCAGCCCUGUUAAGUAUGGCCAGUGCUGGGUCUACGCUGCUGUGAUGUGCACAGUCAUGAGAGCGCUUGGCAUUCCAACCCGUGUUGUCACCAACUUCAACUCAGCUCACGACACCAACGGCAACCUGGUGAUCGAAGAGUAUUACACCGAUACUGGCAAGAAGCUGCCCAAAUGUAACGACAGCAUAUGGAACUUCCAUGUGUGGGUGGAGUGUUGGAUGACUCGGCCAGAUCUCGGCACAGAAUUUGGGGGAUGGCAGGUUUUGGAUCCAACCCCACAAGAAAAGAGCGGAGGGGUGUUCUGCUGCGGCCCGGCCCCAGUGCAGGCCAUCAGACAGCAGCGUGUGGAUCUCCCCUAUGACAUCCCCUUCGUGUACGCUGAGGUGAAUGCUGACGUCCACACGUUCAUCGUGAAGCAGGGCCGGGUGCUGAGCGUCUGCGUCGACAAGGAGAAAGUGGGCUCCCUCAUCGUCACGAAGAACAUAGGCUCACCGAAGCCCGAGAACAUCACGGCGAACUACAAACCCACCAACGGUACCAUGUCAACGAACAAGCCAACAAAUGCAAGGUCUAACAAGGGCCUCUCGGUGUCUCUGAGCCUCCUGAAAGUGCCUGUGGCUGGGGAGAACAUCCCCUUCACGGUCACCGUCACCAACACGGAGAACAUCCCCAAAGUCCUGAGGGAGCACGUCAACGCUCAGACCAAAAUGUACAACCGAAACCCGUCCGACACCUUCUGGGAAGACCACAAAGUAAUACACUUACCGCCACACAAAGCUAUGGUCAUUCCUCACACGAUCUGCCUUGACCACAAUGGCUGUCUAGCGGGUGGUCUCCUGGUCAACCUGGCAGCGGUCGUAGAGGAUAUGUCCACUCAGCAGAGAAUCUUGGUUUCAGAGGAGUUCAACAUCGCCACAACUCAACUCUCUAUAAAGAUUGCCGAUGAAGACUCCAUUGUUGAACACCAGGAGCAGACAGCCCUUAUAGUGUUCUGCAACCCCUUUCCUGUUCACGUGAGUGGCGAAUUAACCGUCACCGGCUCCGGUUUGAUUGAGGGAGCGGUUAAGUCAAGGAUUCACCUUUUAACUCCAGGGGGCGUUGUGGAGACGAAAGUUAGUUUCACUCCAAGGAUGGCAGGCAAAAAAAUGUUGCAGGCGGCUUUAGCCAUCCUGGAUACACCUGCAAUUAUUACUGGCUAUAGGAUGGUCUCUGUGGAGAACAGUUAGGCAUUUUGCAGUUAUUCCGACACAAUUCAUGGUUGUACCUAAAAGAUGCAUUCUGGAGGAAAAAAUUCAAACAAGAAAUGUUUUUUUUUUUAAACAUCUAUUUUUGGACUGGGUAUGUAGUAUGUUGUUUUACAUUAGCAUAAACUAGAGGUAGAAUAAUUUUGCCUAAACAACAAUGAACACCACUUCUACUGUCCAAAAACGGCAGAAUUCAUCUUCAAGUUGGAAAGCUCAUUAAGAUUAGAGAUUCAGCUAUAUAAAUUCAUGGAAUUAUUUGUAGUCAUGUAUUUUUAAAGCAGACAUGUAUUUUUUAAGUAUGCUAU